CUCGCUGUAUUUUUUAGCGCUACCAGUCGGUCGCUGUGAGCACUUGCAGCCAUGUUUCUGUGGAAGUUUGUAGGGAGCUGUCGAAGUGGAUUAAAAAGUUUAAAUGGAAGAAACUUCCUUCAGCAAGCACCGGCUACCGUGGGAGUCAGGCUGCAGCACAAAAAGGCCUCUCUGAGCCGCCCGGAGACGGCAAGUGCGAAGACCCUCAUGGACAUCGGCACUCGUGGGAUCUUCUCGGAGGAGCACGACCUGUUCCGACAGAAUGUGCGCCGCUUUUUCCAGGAGGAGGUGGUGCCGUACCACACGGAGUGGGAGAAGGCGGGCCAAGUGAGCCGGGAGUUGUGGCAGAAAGCCGGGGAGCAGGGGCUGCUGGGAGUGAACAUCUCCGAGAAGCACGGGGGCAUCGGUGGAGACCUGUUGUCUUCCUCUGUGAUGUGGGAGGAACAAAUGUACUCCAACUGCAGCGGACCUGGAUUUUCCCUGCACUCUGACAUUGUCAUGCCCUACAUCAGUAACUAUGGCUCCAAGGCCCAAAUCGAAAACUUCAUCCCACGGAUGGCUGCUGGGAAGUGCAUCGGCGCCAUCGCCAUGACAGAACCGGGAGCAGGCAGUGAUCUGCAGGGGGUCAGGACCUAUGCCAAGAGAGAUGGAAGUGACUGGAUCCUCAAUGGGAAUAAGGUUUUCAUUACCAAUGGCUGGAUGAGCGACCUGGUCAUUGUGGUAACGGUUACAAACCGGGACGCAAAGACGGUGGCUCACGGGAUCAGUCUGUUCCUGGUGGAGGAAGGGAUGAAGGGCUUCAGCAAGGGGAAGAAGCUGGAGAAGAUCGGGCUCAAAGCACAGGAUACCGCCGAGCUCUUCUUUGAGGACGUUCGCCUACCAGCUGAGGCACUCCUUGGCGAGGUCGACAAGGGCUUCUACUACCUGAUGAAUGAACUUCCCCAGGAGCGCUUGCUGAUUGCAGACAUGGCUAUUGCCAGCUGUGAGUUCAUGUUUGAGGAAACAAGAAACUACGUCUGUGAAAGGAAGGCUUUUGGCAAGACAGUUUCUCACCUCCAGACAGUGCAGCACAAACUGGCUGAGCUGAAAACGGAGAUCUGCAUUGGGCGAGUGUUUCUGGACAACUGCCUGCAGCUCCAUGCAGAAAAACGGCUUGAUUCUUCCACGGCCUCCAUGGCCAAGUACUGGGCAACGGAGCUCCAGAACAAGGUGGCCACGCAGUGCCUGCAGCUCCACGGAGGCUGGGGCUACAUGUGGGAGUUCCCCAUCGCCAAGGCGUUUGUUGACUCCCGUGUCCAGCCCAUCUACGGCGGGACCAACGAGAUCAUGAAGGAGCUCAUAGCGCGCAGCAUUGUCGGCAAGAAUUGAGGAUGCUUUUCAGUCCAGAAAACGGAGCAGCGUUCAACUCGCCCUCUAGUAAUGUGGCUCCUUAUGAAUAGACUCUGUCAGUGGCUGUCAUUAUUCCCCAAAUGAUCUCUCACUAACCUGUGAUGUCAUAAUAAAUAGCAGAGGGAGGCAGUGUACACUUUUAUGGGUCCUUUAUAAUAACUGAACUCGGUCUUUCUAAAAGGACUCUUGGCCUUAACACCUUUUAAGGUGCUGCCAAACAGCACUUACUGCUAACUGUAAAAAUGUAACAAAUAUUAAGCAUUAAUUGAAUUUUUUUGUAAUCAUAUUCAUCUGAUAAAUGGUACCAGUGAAAAAUGAGUCCACUUGCUACAUUUUACAUUUAUUUGCUCAGUAGAUGUUUUUCUCCAAAGCGACUUCUAGUGAAUUCUAUGU